CGGAAAUGCGUUUAAAACUCAAGUACAGACUACCAUUUCCAACUUGUCGUAUUUUUAUAAGAUUUUAUAUUUCAGUUGAAUAUUUUGCAAGUAACGCAGCGGUGUAGAAUGAGAAAGAAAGAAAAAGUAAGCGGAAAAUAUCGAAUCUGCGAGGGAGUGAAUAGAAGCGAGAUAUGCUCAAGACGACAACUGCAGUGUUUUGAAAAUUAGCCCUAGCGCCAGCUGGCUAGUCUUUGCUAGCUGUGUUUUCGUGUUGAAACCGAAGCCAUUUGCGGCCGAGGUUGUGAUUUAUGCGCAGUUCGGGCUUGCACGUCGGCCGGAAUGUAUCGCAGAGGACCGGGGAAAGUGGACAAGGCGCCGAAGGAGGAGAGCGCGGGCGGCAAGUACGCCGAGCUGCUGGUGUUCGGCUACGCGUGCAAGCUGUUUCGGGACGAUGAGCGGGCCAUGUACCACGAGCAGUGCAAGCAUCUGAUCCCGUGGAUGGGAGACAACAAGCUCAUGAUCGAUAGAUACGACGGGCGCGGUCAUUUACAUGACCUUUCGGAGUACGAUGCAGGCUCGUGGAACCAGAGCUACCAGCUUUCUGAAGAAGAAGCCAGGAUCGAAGCGCUGUGCGAUGAGGAGAGAUACCUGGCCUUGCACACUGACCUGCUGGAAGAGGAGGCCAGGCAAGAAGAAGAAUAUAAAAGGCUAAGCGAGGCUUUGGCCGAUGAAGGUUCCUACAACGCAGUGGCUUUCCGCUACAGCGCUGAUUAUUACGACCCUUCGCAGCCCACUGAGGAAGAGGAUGCCAACAAAAACAAAGAGCCCGAGCCUCAGGAAGAAGACGGAGAAGAACCGUUCGUAGCGCCCCCUGGUUUGAUCAUUCCCUCCGAUGUAGAGCUGCCUGCCACCAUCAAGACCCACGCCAUCAUCGAGCGCACCGCAAACUUCGUGUGCAAGCAAGGAGCCCAGUUCGAGAUCGUGCUGAAGGCGAAGCAAUCCGGGAACUCGCAGUUCGACUUCCUGCGCUUCGACCAUUACCUGAACCCUUACUACAAACACAUCCUCCGAGCCAUGAAGGAGGGACGAUACACACCUGCCUCGGAAAGCAAGCAGGACCAGACCCGGGAAACCAAGUUUGGAAAUUCCAACCAGGAGGAGGAAGACGAGGACGACGAUGACAGUGACGAUGGCAAUUACCUCCAUCCCAGUUUGUUUGCAUCAGCGAAGAGUUCUCGCCUAGAGGAAAUAAUAAAGCCCUUACAGGUCAUGGACCCAGAUCACCCGCUGGCUGCGCUAGUUCGCAAAGCCCAGCAGGAGAAGAACGGAAACCUAGCCAUCGCCGCCAAGCCUGCAGAAGAGGUGGCAGUACAAGCACCAGUUGCAGACUACUCUUCUGAUCCAAACAUGGCAGCGCUGUAUUAUGGGUACUGCAUGCUCCCCGAUGGGACGUACUGCUUGGCACCACCGCCGCCUGGCGUCGAUGCCAGCUCCUAUUACAACACAUUGCCUGCUGGCAUGAUGGCGGCUCACUCGGCGUCCCUGGCUCCUCCGCCACCAGGCACUACACCUCCUCCUGACCUUGUCAUUACAGCCCCAUCAGCUCCUGCAGCUCCUGCAGCCCCUGCAGCCCCAUCAGCCCCUGCAGUCCCAACAGCUGCCACCGCUCUAGUCCCUGCGUCUGCUUCCGUGUCUCACGCUGCUUCUUCUGGUUUCUACAGCACUAGCUCUUCCGCUCCUCAGGCGAACGUCAGCCAGCCGCCGCAGUCGUCAUCGUCAUCUUCAGCGGCGGCGAUCAUCCCUCCACCCCCAGACAUCCAGCCCGUCAUCGAUAAGCUGGCCGAAUACGUAGCGAGAAACGGUGCGAAGUUCGAGAGUAGCGUACGGGCGAAAAACGACCCACGGUUUGACUUCCUGCAGUCUUGGAACCAGUACAACACUUACUACGAAUUUAAGAAGCACUACUUCAUGCAGAAGGAAGCCUCAAAUUUGCCUCAGGGCUCUGCAGUCCACAAGGACGACAGCACUGCAAACUGUUCCUCUGAAAAGCAGUCUAAUGAGGGCAAACUCAUUAAAGCGUCGUUUGCCCCAAUCUGCUUUGCCAUCAAGUCCAAAGAGAACGACAUGCUGCCUCUGGAAAAGAACCGCGUACGUUUGGACGAUGACUCCGACGAGGACAAGGGGAAAGAGGAAGGGCAGGAGGGGGUGGAGCCAAACAUGGCUCGGGCGGAGCAACACAGUGAGGGUCCUCCUCUACCGCCUGAGGAGAAAAAGCCUCCUCUGUCACAGGAAGAGCUGGAGGCCAAGCAAGCCAAGCAGAAACUGGAGGACCGUUUGGCAGCUGCGGCCCGCGAGAAGCUGGCUCAGGCUUCCAAAGAGUGGAAGGAGAAGCAGCUGCAGGCUGAACGCAAGCGUAAAGCCGCUCUGUUUCUGCAGACACUGCGAGGUCCAGAGCCUGAGCACAAACGGGCCGGCGAGACCUUCGCCCCUGCCGAGCCAGACGUGUCCACCGUGCCAGCUGGGCCCGUCCCGCAGAUGCCGCUCUCCGAAUAUCCGCCUCCAGACCCCUCAGUGAAGAGCGUCCACCCCCCGGCUACCAUCCUGCCCCUCUCUUCCACAUCUACCUCCUGCUCCACUGCUCGGGAACGCGACAGGAAUCGAGACAGAGACAAGAAAAAGAAAAAGCACAAAAGAAGGUCCCGGUCCAGGUCACGUUCCAAAUCCAAAACCAAGCACUCGCUCCCGAGCGCGUACCGCAGCUACAAAAGGUCCAGAUCCCAAUCCCAUUCUCCCAACAAGAGAGAGCGUCGACGUGAUGAAAAAGAACGAGAGCGGGAUCGCUACGGAGGCAGCAACUACCGCCACGCUAACAGUCCAGGCCUGGGCAGAAAGCGCUCAAGGUCCAGAUCCAGAUCACCUCGGGAAAGGAGAAAGAAGAAGUCCUCAAAGUCUGUCCAUCAUUCAAAGACUUCCUCCAAGUCGCCAGAUAGGGGAAGAGCAAACAGGAAAGUCUCCGCCCACACUGCGAACUCCUCCCCAACAUCUAGCCCUACCUCUAGCUUACGAAGCUCCAGGGACGCAUCGCAGGAAAAAGACAAGCAGGUCUCGUCGACCAUCAUUUCUUCCGUUCAAAACAAAAUCACUCAGGACCUCAUGGCUAAAGUACGAGCAAUGUUGGCCAAAGGCCUGCAGCCCAACCCGUCCUGAGACAUGUGAAAAGGAGCAGACCGACGAUUGAACCAGCCACCAAACUUUAACCUGCAGGACCGCAGUGCAGCGCUGUACCGAUACGCUUUUUUCCCUUUACGUAUACUCCUCUGGAUCUUUUCAAUUAAGCAUCACCGGUGAUUCCCUUUAAUGUAAUGAAGCUCACGCUUUGUGAUGAGCCAGGCAGCAUGUAGGGUUUACUGAUACUGUGGGCUUAAGGUUUUCCCAGUGUUUUUUUUUUCCUUUCCCCAGGAGGUUCUAUUGCAAAAAAAAGUGUAAAAGUCUGAAAACGUAAACAUGUUUAUUUUUACUAACGAAUUAGACCAUUUGACUAACUUGAUAACAGGACCCCAUCUUGUGUGAUUAGGCUUCUACCACAGGGCAGUGUUAAAUCCUUCUGUGAAGGAUUACAAUAUUUCCUGUUCUUCCGUCUCGGUUCUUUUCUUUUUUUUUUUUUUUUUAUCAUUUCCAGCCAGGUUCAUUUUUCUAAAGCCUUCGGCUGCUCAAGAUUCUGUUGUUUUUUUUUGUUUUUAAACUAAUGUGGCCUUCAUGCUGUAAGUUUGCAUCUGCUUUGUAAAACUGAACAGUCAAUAAAAUUUGAGUCACAAACUGUGA